CACAGCCCGAGCUGCAGGCAGCUCCGACAGGCACGGCCACGCAAUACAGCCAUAAACACAUCACGUCCACCCCUGGCAACGUACCUCACUUCACGGGAGGUGUUGCUGCCCAGUGACCCCCCCGACACCCAGGGAGGAUAACCGGAGCCAGCCGCGGGGCCAGGCUCGCUAGCCGGCUCCGUCCUAGCAGGGAUGCGAUAAGAUGCUUCUCCUCCCCAGCUCCCUGAACUACGCCUGCCGUCCGCACCUGGGAGAAUUCGCGUGUCAAAUCAGGGGAACGGGUAAAAGGCACGCGGUAGUUUGCCCAAUUACGGAAUUUCUGCCGGCGUUACUGGGCGGAGGAGGAAGCGCGGGAACACCUGCGCCCGGCCUCCCGCUUCGGCGUAUUUAACCACCCUGAGUCGCGCCUGGAGCUGCGUCUCUGCUCAGCCUCCAGCUGCCCUGGGGAGGGAGGAGCAGGCGUGGGGAAGAUGAGCUGCAGCAGGUACCCCGUGGGUGUGAAGGCUGUAGGCUUGAUGCAGUGCAGAAAGCAGAAGAACUACAUGAUGUUUGUGUCUUGGUCGGAUCAGAACAACAUUCUCAUCUACCGGACAUUAGGAGACUUUAAGAGAUUCCACAAAGAGCUGAAGAGGAAAUUCCCCAUCGAGAGCGGCUCGCUCAGGAGAUCUGACCGGACAAUACCCAGGUUUAAAGAUGCAAAUGUGAAGCAGCGGAAGAACGGGAAGCCGAGCAGGUGCCUGGAGAUACUGAAACUGGUGGAAACUUACUCCCAGGAGCUGCUGAAAAUGGAUGCUAAAAUCUCCCAGUCUGAAGACGUGAUACAGUUUUUCAGGGCACAGACCCAAGACCUAGAUCCCUCCUUUCCCGAAAACAGUGUUGUGAUCAUGCCAUCAGAAAUUGGAGGGGAAAAGAAAAACCAGCCACGGCAGCAGCUCUCCUCUAUUACGCGCCCCCAGGCAUCCCAGAGCUACAGAUGCGUGGAAACCUUUGAAACCAAAGACGCAAAGAACAAGACUUUCAAAGUCGCCCAGAAGGAAAUUGUUGAAGUGUUAAUCAAGGACAUGACCGGGUGGUGGCUAGUGGAAAACGCCGACAAGCAGAUAGCCUGGUUCCCAGCCUCGUACCUGGAAGAGAUGGAUGUCCACAAGGACACCCAGAGUGCCUUGAGCUCAAACGAGGAGGGCAGCCUGUACUUCGUUGUGCGGGCCUACGAGUCUCAGGAGGCAGACGAGCUCUCACUGAACAACGGCGUCGUCGUGGAGGUGGUCAGGAAAUCUGACGAUGGCUGGUGGCUGAUCCGAUACAAUGGCCAUACAGGCUACAUGCCCUCCAUGUGCCUCCAGCCCUACAAGAAUCCUCACCACAAGCUCCAGACCAUCAUAAAUUGCGGGCUCAGUGUCUCCACCCCAAACCUCUGCUCCUCCCUGACGGCUCCCCAGCCCCGGGGUGAGGCCGUGGGACAGCACAGGGUGCAGGCUUGCUCUUCCCGUGACCGGACUGAAGAGGACGUGAGCUCUCAGAGAAGCAGAUCCAGGUCUCUGCCCAGGGCCAGCUCCAGCCCAGACCUGGAGUCAGACAGCUCAUCUCUCAGCUUGGGCAGCGGCAGCGAGCGGGACGGCCGCCUGAGCUGGAAGCCUGACUUGUCAAGAUCUCUGCCCGAAGUUGAGCAGGCCACGAGCUCUCCCCUGGGGCAUGCCUUGGCCACCCGCAGCAGCAAGUCUCCACACCUCACCCACAAGGACAGGAACGAUUCUGGCUUUGUGGAGUCAUCUGCAGCUGAUCUAAGCUACUCCCUCACAGACCCAGACUUGGCCGCUUGUGUCCCCAAGGUGCCCGCACGCCCCUCAGCCCACGAGAUCCUCCAGAAGUGCAGCACUGUCACGAAGCGAGCCGUGCAGCAGUCUUCCUCCCGGCCGGCGCUCCAGGCUCUGUUCCCUCUCCCAGACGUGCACUAGUGUCCCCAAGGGGGUCACGGACCCAGCCCUGGGCCAGCCCCACGACCGAGAGCCAGGCGCCCUCCUCACCCGAGUCCCGCAGGAGCCGUGGGCAGCGGCGUGGGGAGCGCCAGGGCUUGGGACCGUCGCUUUCCAGGGCCGCUGCCAGAUCCUGACGAACAGGCACGCAAACAUUGCUUCCCCGGGUAACGCCGGCUCAUGCUGCAGCUCGCCCGGGGAGGCCGCCGAGCCAGGAGGGGCUUUCCUGGAGUUAGCAGGAGAGGAUUUUGUGGUUUAACUUAUCAGGCGAGCCGGGGCAGCUGCAGAUGUGUCAGCUCCCGUGUCAGUUAGAGGUGACUUUGCAGCCUGUUAAUUCCCUCAGGCAGGUAUUUAUCCUGCGAUGUAGUACGUGACAAUUUCACAGUCGUUCCUGCGUUAUUCCCCACGUGGCGGGGAGCUGGCAGAGCUGCAGCCCCCCGAGAGCCAGCUGAAACCCAGGCGGAGUGAGUGACGUGUAGCUCAGGAGCUCUUGGGUAGUGGGUGGGGAUGGGAUGGUACAGCCACGGGAAUGUCACUUAGCUGAACCCCCUAUUUCAUGUAACUUUUUUUUUUCUAAACUCUUUGCCUUUUGGGGUUUUUGGGUUGCGGGGUUUUUCAUUUGGGUUUGGUAUAGUUAGAAAAAUAGUUAUAAAAAUGCUUAAGUCUUUUAUAUAGAUAGUUACCUUUAAUUUUAGUUGUUCUCCCAGGUAUCUCAAUUUUUUUAGAAACAAGCAAUUUAACCAGCUUGUGAGAUGUUUAUGUUCUAAAUACAUUUUUGUCUCUAAAAUAAAAUACACAUAAAUAUC